GCGGAAGCGGAGGGCUGGGGCAGUAUGAGGGGCGCCGGGAGCAGCGCUGCCAUCCGCGCCUGGGCCGGCCCGCUCCUGCUCCCGAUCCCGGCCCGGCUGCCCCCGGCUCCCCGCAGAGGUGAGAGGCGCCGCAGUGCCGUGCUCGGUCCUCCGGCCGGCUGGCAGUCCCCGCGCGCGGACGGGCAGGCGGCUGCCGGGGCGGGUGAACCCAGGCCGGGUCUGUGAGCGGCGCUGGGGCUGCGCAGGGCGCUGGCCGGACUCGGUGUGAGGGAGCGGCCGCGGGGCCCCUCCCUGAGGCGCUGUGUGAGGGAGCGCUGAGCGCCUUCCCUCGGGGCUGGAACAAGGGGUUUUGCUGCCACGUUUGUGAGGAAGUCAUACGAUGUCAGAAGAGUUGAUAUCACUCCCCUGGAGCAGAGGAAGGUGACUUUUGAUACCCAUGCUUUAGUGCAGGAUCUGGAAGCCCAUGGCUUUGGGAAGGAGCAGGCACAGACCAUCGUGUCGGCGUUGAUAACCCUGUCCAAUGUCAGCUUAGACACCGUCUAUAAGGACAUGGUUACUCAGGCCCAGCAGGAAAUAACUUUACAGCAGAUAAUGGCACAUUUGGACUCCAUUCGGAAAGAUAUGGUCAUCCUGGAGAAAAGUGAAUUUGCAAACUUGAGAGCAGAGAACGAGAAAAUGAAAAUUGAAUUAGAUCAAGUUAAACAGCAGCUAAUGACUGAAACCGGAAAAAUCCGAGCUGACAGCAAGCUAGACAUAAACCUGGAGAGGAGCAGGGUGACAGAUAUGUUUACAGAUCAGGAGAGGAAACUGAUGGAAGCAACUACAGAGUUUCAUAAAAAAGAUGCACAUACCAACGGCAUUAUCUCAGAAAUCAGUAAUAAAAUUGAUACCGAAAUAGCUUCCUUAAAAACACUCAUGGAAUCGAAUAAACUUGAUACCAUUCGCUAUUUAGCAGCUUCGGUGUUCACUUGCUUAGCAAUAGCACUGGGAUUUUACAGAUUCUGGAAAUAGAUCUACAUGGAAUGACUGCACUAAAUACAGACAGAAAAGGCCACCCAAGCAACACCACUUUGACAAACACAUCUGUGCUGUAGAUAACCUUGGCACCUUUUUGUUUUGAUAUUCUUCCCAUAUAAUAAAAAUGUUUUCUGAAUAUGUAACACUAAAGAUCAAAAUAAUUGGGGGGAAGUAGCCAAAUAGUAAUAUUUCAUUUCUUCCUAUUCAAUACUGUAUUUAUUUCAAAGUAUUUCUUAUGCUAUACCAGAAAGUUUCCUAAUAUCUUUUAGAAUUAAAUUUGUUUUCUUUCUGGAAAAUUCUCACUCUCAGCUCCUUUCAAAAUGGAAAUACUAAAUAUUUUAUAUACCCUUGUAAUGGGAAUACAAGUCCCAAAUUAAAGUUCCCAGUGUGGGGAUGCUGAUACCAGACUUCAACAUACCUAAUCUGAUCCAAGUAAAUUAAUCUUGAACAUAGCUUCAGGAUUUUGCCUUCAGUCUGUUCCUCACUUUUUUUUGAUUAAUUGAAGCUUGGCCCUUUGUUUUUUUUAACUAGAUGUGUAAAAACACACUCCUGGACCUUAACUAAAGAACCCUUUUUUUUUUUUUUUUUCUUCCUUGAAAACAUCAAAAUCUCAUGUACAAAAUGUCUCUAUAGAAUUAUUUUCUUUAGUAUCUCCUGAAUUUCUUUAAGCCCAGAAGUCAAAAGAAUGGGAGAACUUCUCUGUCUUUGCCUUCCCCUUUCCAAGGGGAAAUGCUUCCACUCCCAGCACCUGUGUACAGCCUUGGGGCAGAUAAGUGCUCUUAACUUCCCCCUCAAGUAGUGCCGAGUAUUUCCAAGAACCUGUACAUAUUUUCUAGCCAUAGUAUCUGGCUUUUAAUAUAGAAAUACUCAGAAUCUCAGUGGUGCCAGGGUGGUGGUGGUGGUGGUGGUGAUCCUCCUCCCCACUCCUCCAGACUCUUCUGUAGUCCUGUGGGACACACUGACCCUCCUGACCACUGCCUUCUGCAGGGACUUGACAACUCUUGUUGCAGAGUUGCAACACAGGUGGAUGCCUUCCAAAACUGAAGCAGUUCCAUCUUGUUGAGUACAAAUGCAUAUUGUUUUUGGUUUGAUUCUUACAGUAAAAUAAUAUUUUUUUUAAGUUUUAUGGAUUAACUUUGAAGUACGAAUAGGCCUUUUAUGGGCUAAGGACUAUGUAGUACUGACUAGUGGCAAUUAUUUUUAUUGCUGUUUUAUUCUGUUUACAGUUGAACUUGCGGGUAUUCUGCCUGUUCUUAUAUCCUCUGCAUUAAAUUAUUUAUCAUCUUCAUUCAAGAAAAUAAAAUUAAUUUCUUGUA